AUGAAUCAAGCAUUGAAUAGAAAAAGGAGUGCAACAACGUCACUACAGCUGGCACAACAGAAUAACGAUGAGAACAGCUCGCCGCAAAAGAAUAGAACACGUUUUUACAGUAUAUCAUCCGACAUCAUACCUCAAACUCUAACCCAUCCAAACGAAGAUGACACUGUCAAGCCACCGAAAUCUCCUAAUCUCUUUCCGCCAAGCUGGUCUCAUGUCGGCUUUCAAUCAAUCUUUCAGGGGGGUGGUCAAAGGCGCUCCAAACAGAGUUUAUUAUCUGACAAUUCUCAGGAAGACCUGUCGUUUUCCAACGUGCGAAGCAAUGAGUCAUCUAUCGAAAGAUCCGGUUAUCCAGUGGGAAGAUCUACACCAAGAAUAUCCGAGGAGGAUUUGUCAAACGAGAGCAUACACACCACGGGCUCUAGUGCAAAGGACAAGAUACGUUCUGCAAUCAAGAGUAUCUCUAAGGAUACUAUCAACAACCAUGAAAGGAGCUCAAGGUUAUUCCGCACAAAUACGAACAAGAGUUCGAAUAGCGUUGCAAGUGCACUAUUUAGUGGAUCCGUCCCAAACAAACAGAGUAGGCUGAAAAAAGCUGCAAGUAAACUCUUUCUUCACAAACCUCAUGGACAGACUUACGAUGACAUAGCAGAGCCCGCUUUACCUUCUUCCUUGAGCAAAUUCUUGCACUCCUCAUACGCCAGACAUAAAGCACCCUCGCAGUUUAUUCAUAACACGGCUGGCCUUUCCAUGGAAGCCAAAAAAGCUGCAAGUCAAAAUUAUCAGAUAGAAAGACCCUCCCAAGAUGAUGCCAGUGUCACGAAUGUAGCAUUACUCAAAGAACUUUUAAAAAAUCUACCCACUUUAGAGGCAAAUUACAAAAGUUUUCAUACGCAGGAACUCCAAAUUCUACAAGAGAAUGUCUGGGGCGUAUAUUGUAGUAUUGUAUAUGAACUUUUCAAAUCGAAACGAUUGUGGCAGCUACCUGUGAAAAUUGAGGAUAUUAACAGAGUUCUCAGUUUCUAUAUUACGCUAAAGAAUGAUUCAAAAGUGGCCUCAAGUCAAAAUAGGUUUCUUACUGAGAUUGAGGAGUUUUUAACAACUUCCUUAUAUGGACUAGAAAAUCAAAUAGUCUUCAAUUAUGCCAAUGAAAACACGAUGAAUACGGCACUGAAACGACUUGGGGUUAUAUGGCAAAUAUUUUAUCAAUAUGUGUAUUACGAUUUGAUGGCAGUUCUAAUGCCACUAGAAAAUUGUUUCAAUAAUGGAAGGAGGUAUAGAGCUGAGACUUCCUUCAAUGAGAAUUCGACGCCCAGGGCAUUUUCUAUUGACUACAUUUUACUGAACUGUUUCCGUGAUUCAAUUGUCCUGCCAUAUUACCAAAACUUCAUUAAUUGCGAUGAUGGGGUUAGUAAAAGUUUCCAUGCCUACAUCCUGAAUGAGGAAGAAGAGAACGGAGUUACGGAGCAAGAUAAGCUCACGUUAUUACAGUGCUUUGGUGUGCUAAGCUCAACUCAAGUAAGCGAUAGAAGUCAAACGAUUGUGGAAGAGUUAUUAGAAGGCGUAAGAAUGAGUAUAUGA